AUGUUUGAAAAAAAGUUUAUUAACAAUCCUGAAUCAGUUGUGGAUGAUUCUUUAAAAGGACUAGUUUUGAGCUCGGGAGGUCGUCUACAUUUCGCUAAGGGAAGCUCUAGGGUAGUGAUCAGAAAAGGACAGUGUGAAAAAGAUAAAGUGAAACUCAUAUCAGGAGGAGGAUCAGGUCAUGAGCCUUUUGCUGCUGGUUAUAUCGGAGAGGGUAUGCUCGAUGCCGCUGUUUGUGGGGAUAUUUUCGCAUCACCACCAUCCAGCAACGUACUACUAGCUCUUGAAGAAACCAAAUGCUCAGCUGGAGCAAUACUUUUUGUCAUAAACUAUACAGGAGAUAGAUUGAACUUUGGACUCGCGGCUGAAAAAUUCAAAACAAACCGAGGAAAGGUUGUGGUUAUAACCAUUGGUGAUGAUAUCUCCUUGGAGAAAGAAUCAAAAACCGGAAGAAGAGGGCUGGCUGGAGUUGUAUUCAUAAUCAAGAUAGCUGGUGCCAUGGCUGAUAGAGGGAAUAGCUUGGAAGAUAUCGCAGCGUUCUGUGAGAGAGCUAACAGCCAUAUCGCCACGAUUGGUGUAUCCCUAUCGCCUUGUAGCUUACCAGGUAAAAAACAGAUGUUCGAGUUGGGACAGGAUGAAAUGGAAGUCGGACUUGGAAUACACGGUGAGCCGGGAAAGGAAAGAACGACGCUCAAAAAAUGUGCAGAGAUAGCCGAAAUCUUAUUAAACAAUUUGACACAAAAUAAAAACAAUGACCUAGAUGUAGUUCUGAUGCUGAAUAACUUGGGAUCAACUUCGCAGAUCGAACUAAAUGUAUUAUUGGGAGAGAUUCUACGACUAUCUAAAGAUAAAGGACUGCGCGUGCAGAAAGUGUAUGUCGGAUCGUUUAUGACCUCUAUAAAUGGACAUGGCGUCAGUCUCAGUUUGUUAGAAGUAUUCUCGAACCGCAUCUUAGAGCUAUUAGAUUCUCCCGCCGACCCGGUUGUUUGGAACAAUGGUUACUAUCUGGGAAACGUUAUUGACAUCCCGUCAUUAAGUGUUUCAAAUGAUAAUUCGAAAAGUCCAAAGCAAAACCCUGUGGAGGACAGUUCGUUGAGUGAACAGAUGAGAAUUGUUAAGGAAUGUGUUUUGAACGUUUGUCAAGAGAUGAAAAUAAGAGAACUAGAGCUAAACGAACUGGAUGGCAAAACUGGUGAUGGGGACUGCGGAUCCACAUUUGCACGAGCCGCUUUAGCUAUCGAGAAAGCUAUAGAUAACGGUCACAUUCAGUUCUCCGAUUAUGGUUCAACUCUUUUUGAUAUCGCUGAACAAUUCGAGAAAGAAGUUGGAGGGACGAGUGGAGCUAUUUACGCUUUGAUGAUUGGAGCAGCUUCUACGGAAAUCAAAGAGGGACUGUCAUUCGAGUUUGUCAAUGCGUUGAAUAAAGCACUCGGAACCAUAAUGAAGUACGGAAGAGCUGUACCUGGAGACAGAACAAUGGUUGAUAGUUUAGCAGCAGCAACCCAUGAAGCAGAAAAAAGCGAGAAAUUAGACUGGCAUGAUGUUCUAGAGGCGACGCGAAAAGCUGCUCUAUCUACUGCUUCAAUGAGAGCAAGCGCUGGGAGAGCAGCCUACACAUCUGACCAAAUGCAAACGGAGCCAGAUGCAGGAGCCAUGGCUCUUUACUACUGGAUGAGUGCUAUCAUGAAAAAAUUGUGA